AUGCAAAAUACCAGAGCCGGCUUAUGCAACUCUGCAAGUCGAGAUUCAGAUUUGUCUGCUAGAUUUCCCAAAUACAUAUUGUGUUAGUUGUGUUAUUAGUGUUCAUCAAAGUAUAAUAGCAUCUAUAAAAUUGUUUAAGGAAUUUUAUAAACUAUUUAAAAACCCAGACCCAGAAUAACCUGAUUACCAUGCAACGUGCUUGCUCUUUUUUGUUCUUCCGAAGAUUACCUUUCCCUUUUCAGUAUCAAAUAGGAUCUUUUCAGCCGUUGUUACGUUAUGAAGGAAUAUGUGCCCCAAAGUCACAUUUACACUUACCUUGUUGUCGAUAUGCUGCUGAUUCAGAUAAAGGAAUUCUACAACGGUUUAAAAGAUAUAUUGGGUUAGGCAAAUUGUCAAAAAGUAUAUCACGGUCUGUUGGUUAUAAGCUGUAUGAGUCUCUGGAAGAGCAUGUCAAUCAUGAUGUUUUCUUUAAACAAUUGAAAAUGGAAGAUACUUUCCAUUCCUGGUUUAUAGUUAGAAGCCUACAUGUAUGGAUGUUAAUGGUUAGACUCAUGAAUGAAGGAGACAAUGGAAGACUCGUGCGAAAUGCCCUUGUAGAAGCUAUGUGGGAGGACGUUGAAUUCAAAAGCAAAAAGAUUGGAGAGACAGCUGCAAGUGUGCGAAGAAAACAGGUUCAAAUUCUGGUAGAUGAAUUUCAAGCAAGCUUGUUUGCUUAUGAUGAAGGCCUCUUAAGUAAUGAUCAAGUACUGGCCGGUGCAAUUUGGCGAAAUUUAAUGCUCCAGCGAGAUUUCGAUCCACGCCAUCUGGACAUCUUAGUCGAUUACGUAAGAGAAAAUAUCGCCAUUCUGGACAGAACCAAAUAUGAAGACAUAUUUGACAAUCGUAGAGUCAACUGGGCAAAAAUUCGUCUGUAGCAAAAAAAUAAAGUAAUAAUAAUAACCAUUGUUCACAUUUCGCUUACGCUGUAUUAUUGCACUAAAUUACAUAUGGCUGCAUUUUUUAA